AUGUUAAACAGAAAUCACGAGGAAGGACACAAGCAUCUAUAUCGUGAUUACUUUGCGGAUUAUUGUGUAUACGGGGCGAAGGACUUCAAAAGAAGAUUUCGUUUGAAUAGGGAUGUGUUCUUACGAAUCGCCAACGCCUUGGAAAGCAGGUAUGAAUUUUUUCAAUUGAGAUAUGAUGCUAGAGGUAGACGAGGGUUUACAACGUUACAGAAAUGUGUUGCGACCAUUCGUUUGAUGGCUAUGGGGGAGUCACCCGACGCCAUGGACGACUAUAUGAGAAUGUAUGAAAGAAUCGCAAGGGAGAGUUUGUAUACAUUGUCAAAGGGUGUUGUUGAAACAUUUGGAGACGUGUAUUUGUGGAAACCUUCGUUGCAUGAUUUGCAAGAAUUGUAUGUAGCGCAUGAAGAGCGCCAUGGGUUUCCCGGAAUGAUCGGAAGCAUUGAUUGCAUACACUGGAAAUGGAAAAAUUGUCCGGUAGCUUGGAAAGGGCAAUUCGCAAGUGGUCAUCACGGAUCACCUUCGUUGACAAAAGGAGCAUGUAAGGAUGUGGAACAUGCUUUUGGAGUGCUGAAGGCGAAGUGGCAUAUAGUCGAACAUGCAGCACGACCAUUGGAUUUAGAAACUCUACGAUAUAUCAUGUAUGCAUGUAUCAUAAUGCAUAACAUGAUAGUAGAAGAUAAAGGGCGAAAUAUUGCACACUGUAUCCCAACGGAACCCAGACACGUUCAGUUUCAACCAGGAAUAGCAGAGUAUUUGCAUCGCGUUGUUGACAUUCAAGACGCAAAUAAACACAGACAACUUCGAGAAGACUUGGCGGAUUAUAUCUUCUAUGGUAACAACAACGAUAACGAAUAA